AUGUUGUCAACAUCUAUACGCCGGGCCGCAUUGGCGCCUCUCUCAGGUGCACCUCGCGCUGCCCAGAAUGUUCCCUCCACCGGUCUUCUCGGCGCAACCCGCUAUGUGCACCAACGCCGAUACUCCUCAUCCUCCUCCAAACCUCCAGUUCCUCCUAGUGAUGGCUCCCAGCGGAUGGAUACCUCUACUCCUGCUAAGAGUGUGAACUCUUCCAGCGAGAAGAGCAAGGCUGCCCGCCGCCGAGGCAAGGAUGCUGGUGCCCGCAACGGAUCUUCCAAGUCCAGCCAGCAGCAUGCGGCAUUUUCGAAGCUCCCCAGUGUCCCCUCGACACAGCACCGACAACCUCAUGACGUUCACGUCGCCUCGUUCUUCUCCAUUCACCGCCCGAUCUCCGUGACCACCACGGUCCCCCCGACCUCGAGCCACGAAGCCUUCGAAUCGAUAUUCUCCAAGAGACUCAUGAAGAACCAACCGGACGAUGUCAUCUUCACCCUCUCUAACACUGUCCAGUCCAUGGAGGGCGCUAACGGCAUGUCCGAAGCUGAGGAUCCUUUCGGCCAGAUGCACGGUCGCUUCGCCAGCGAUGCCAACGGCGAUCUUCAGAUGCUUGAUAACCCGGAGGCACACAUGUCUGUUGAGGAGCUUACUCGUCGUCUCCGCCCCUUCCACCCUCCCCCACCUCCGGUCCCCAUGGACAUGAGCGCCGAGGCCGAGGCUAUGGAGUCUCACGAGGCCCAGAGCGAACAGGAUACCACCUACUCCACCGUCCUCACUAUCCGGGAAUCUCGUCACGCCGACGGCCGUAAGACCUACGAGGCGUCGACUGGUCCCUUUGUCCGUGACGAGAUGGAUGCCCCCGCUGGUCUGCGUGAUGAGCUUACCAUCAACGCCCCUAGCUCCACCACUGGCAUGACCUACGUUGAGCGUCUGCGCCACAACUCGUCCAUGCAUGCUAUUAGCACCAAGAGACGGCGCAAGGUGAAGAUGAAGAAGCACAAGUUCAAGAAGCUGAUGCGGAGAACACGCACUCUCCGUCGCAAGCUCGACAAAGCUUAG